AUGUCGUUUCCUACUACUGGGUCUCCUGAGGCCACUCGCAAAGCAUCUAUUCAGUUCCAGGCUCGUGGUGAUGUUGGGCCCCAUGGACGUGUUUGCUCGAAGCAGAAGUUGGAGCACGCGAGUUCUGCCUCUCGUACAGAGCUGCAGCCAUCUGCCUUGGAUCAGAUCUUAGCAAAGUUAUCCCCAAAGGGUGGUGUUUCUGUGGAACAGCCAUCUACCCAUGAUGAGAUCCUGGCUAAGCUGUCUGAACACCAAACUUUGUUGGAACAGCAGCAGCAGAUCCUAAUUGACAAGCACAUGCGUUCUACAUCCCAGAACGAGGGUGCAAACACCUCCCUCCACUUGAGCUCUGGAAACUCACCCAACUCGGUGGAUAAUACUUCGUCCAAGUCCAAUGAUGAUAAAGUGGAUGAUAUCGAAAUGCUUCGUUUGAAACGGGAGUUGAUGGCUGCUAAUUCUCGCAUAGCUCUUCAGGAACAAGAGCUGGCUCAGACCCGUGUAAUCAAACACACCUUGGACCAGGCUCUUGGUCCACCCUCUGAGGCCGAUUUUGGUGGCCGCGAGAUCACAGAACAUACUAUAAGCAGCCUGCAAAAUGUUUUCAAUUCCUCUACCCGUCCAUAUAACCAGCGUCAGGAUGCCUGGGCUACUCAGGACGAUGCUCACUCAGACAUUUCGGAUGCUCUGUCCGCCGGUGCUUUCAACCGUGCACGUGGUAUUUGGAAUAAUUCCCACCCACCGUCCGUAAAGAAUGCUGUUGGCAUAUAUGACAAACCGUAUUGUGAGCCUACUCCCUUGGGAAGUCCCACAGUUACGGCUGACCCCAGUCGUAACUGGGCUGGUAGAUUCUCCCAGCCGGGUUUUGGAGGGCAAAACCCAGGCUAUAUAGCCGGCCAGCGCGUUUUAUCCGGCCCAGGUUCGCCUACCUUUGGAUUUGAUGGUCGUUUUACUGGCGAGCAAGCUCAGUAUCUGCAGGCCCCUGGGAAUCGCCGUUCCUCAGCGCAGCUUAAUCGUGGCGGGUCGUGCUUCCCACCUCAAAAUUCUCCUUGGGGAACAUUUUCAACCGUGGCCCCUGGUGGACCAACUAUGCGAGCAGUAAGCAACCAGCAUGUCAGCCCCUAUCCCGGAAUGUUUCCUGGCCCUGGACAGUAUCAGCAACGGCCAAUCGGGACCCCUCUCUCUCCGACUGCAGCAGAGUUUACUGUCAAUUCUGCUCCUGACACUUGGAGUACAUCAACAUAUGUCUCGCCUCUUGAGCCAUUGAACUACCGCCGCCUGUUAGACAAGAGUGUGUCCUGUGACUGGAAGUACAUUGUGGACAAAAUUGUCUGCAGCAAUGACCAGCAGGCUUCUAUUUUUCUCCAGCAAAAACUCAAGGUUGGAACGGCGGAGCAAAAGUAUGAAAUCAUUGAAGCAAUUGUUAACCAGGCGUACCCAUUGAUGGUCAAUCGUUUCGGAAAUUUCCUUGUUCAGCGUUGUUUUGAACAUGGCACUCCUGAACAGGUCAUUGCCAUCGCAAACGCUGUUCGUGGAAACACGUUGAGCUUGAAAGAGCACAAGGCGGUCAUGGUUCAUGAGCUGCUGCGUCGUAUCCCGGAAACGGUUAUCCACCGCUAUGCUUGCCAUGUCUGGCAGAAACUCUUCGAACUUCGCUGGAGCAAUGAGCCUCCUCAGAUUAUGGCGAAGGUUAACGAAGCACUCCGUGGAAUGUGGCAUGAAGUUGCUCUCGGCGAGACUGGAAGCUUGGUCGUUCAGAAUAUUUUUGAGAACUGCGUCGAGGAUGAAAAGCGCCAAGCCAUUGAGGAAGUCCUCGCCAAAAUCGAUCUUCUCUCGCAUGGGCAGUUUGGUAACUGGUGCAUUCAGCAUAUUUGCGAACAUGGAGCGCCUCAUGACAAAAGCCGUGCCAUUGAACAUAUCCUUCUUUGGGCCACUGACUAUAGCAUGGACCAGUUCGCCUCCAAGGUGGUUGAAAAAUGCCUGAAGAUUGGCGGUUCUGAAUUUCUAGACCGCUACCUUGCUCGCGUUUGUACCGGUCGUCCUGACCGCCCUCGCAUGCCACUGAUCGAUAUUGCUGGUGAUCAGUACGGUAAUUACUUGAUCCAGUGGAUCCUUAUGAAUUCUGCUGCUCAUCAACGAGAAAUUGUUGCUACCCAUAUUCGCAAACAUAUGGUCUCCUUGCGUGGUUCCAAGUUCGGUUCCCGCGUUGCAAUGCUGUGUUGCAACCCCAGUCAUAUUACUCGUCCUGGCCCAGGGGCAGGAGUCCAGGUUAACCGCUUCUCGAACCCUGGAGGAGAGGAUCGUUUUCCAGCAAGCCAGCCUGCCGGGCGGUUCAACCGCGGCGGCCAGUGGGGCUCCAGCUACCCACCAUUUCGUUGA